GGAAGGACCCUGCUCGGCAACUGGUUUUUGUUUGCUUAGCAACCGCCUGAGACAAAACAUUCUGUCGGUACAAUGGCUGAAUCAGGAGAGAAAACUGUGAGACCAAAGCGAAUUUUCAUUAACCAGAUAGAUUCAUUCACAGGAAAAAAUAUUGGCAAGUAUUUAUCUGGCUGUAUAGUUGGUGCCACAUUUGAACAACCUGCUGAAGAGGGCGAAGAAGAUGAUAACCUAUCGAUUAAUGAGGAUACACCCACUAAACAAAAAGAAGGACUAUUCCAAAUAGUGGGAACACUGUUGAAUCCUAAUUGCACAAAAUUGAACUUCCCAGUGGAAACUUACACAGUUUCCAGGAGAGAAGAAUUAUUAGGUCAGCUUUUGGAAUGUGAUAUAAUUGUCUACAAUAUCACAGAGGACAUUUCUCAGCUUGAUGAGGCAUCAUGGGCAGUUUCUGCAUUACAUACCGAAAUAGAUAAUUUUGAGAACCCCAAAAUGUUCAUACUGAUUUCUACCAUUCUGACCUGGGCCCGAAGCAAACCUAUUGAUCCGGAUGAUCCAGACAUUCCAUUUACUGAAGAUGACUAUCGAAGAAGAAAAUGUCACAUGAAUUUUAAAGAUCACUUAGCUGUUGAGAAACUUGUAAUUAAACUUGGAAAAUCAAACAAAGGUAAAUUCUCAACUUAUGUUGUGGCUUCAGGACUUCCAUAUGGCGCUGAAGAGGGUAUCCUGCAUACAUUUUUUAGGGAAGCGUGGCUUGGGGAAACCCCUGCACUGCAAGUCUUUGGAGAUGGUUCCAAUUAUAUCCCACUGAUUCACAUCAAUGACUUGGCUGGGGUGGUGCAAAACAUAGCAGACCAAAGACCAAGAACUCAUUAUCUUGUAGCUGUAGAUGAUUCUGUGCACACAUUGGAAGAAAUUGUUAAGUGUAUAAGUAUCAGUCUUGGCCCAGGAAAAAUCCAGAAGGUUCCUAAAGAAAAUGCAUUUCUAAGGAAAGAAUUAAAGUUAGAUGUUGAUUACCUGCUAGUGAAUCUGAGGAUGGAAGCUGUGUUCUUGAAAGAGAAUUUUAAUAUUAACUGGGUUACACAGACAGGCCUGGUGGAGAAUGUUGAACUGGUCAUCAAAGAAUUCAAGCAAACACGAGGACUUCUGCCAAUUAGAAUCUGCAUUCUUGGUCCACCAGCAGUAGGGAAAACAACUGCCGCUGACUUAAUCUGCAAACAUUACAAACUACAUCACAUAAAAAUAAAAGAUGUCAUUACUGAGGCCAUUGAAAAGUUGGAAAGGCUUGUGAAAUCUUCGGAGGAGGAAGAAGAAGAGGAGGGGGAGGAGCCAACAGAGAACUGGCAGGAGCUUUUAGACACUGUGAAAGAAAACAUGGAUCAAAAUGGAGGACGUCUUGAUGAUACCUACGUGAUCAAAUUUAUGAGGGAAAAAUUAAAAUCCAUGCCUUGCCAGAACCAAGGCUUUGUCCUUGAUGGGUAUCCUAAGACCUACGAGCAAGCAAAGGAGCUUUUCAAUUCGGAGGAAGGGGAAGAAGAGGAAGAAAGCAGAGGAAAAGCUCCACCUUUUGAUAAAACUAUCACCCCAGAUUUUGUAUUCUCUCUGGAUGCUUCUGAUGAUUUUCUUAAAAAUCGAGUGAUUAAUCUCCCAGAGAGUGUAGUUGUUGGAACACACUACGCUCAGGACAGGUUUUUGAGAUCUCUUGCAACGUUUAGAGAUUUAAACACAGAAGAUGAAACUGUUCUCAACUAUUUUGAUGAGGCUGAAAUCCACCCGCUACAUAUCGACGUAACUAAAGAUGAUGAUCCCUAUUACAAAGAUGUAGUCAAACAGAUUUGUAAAGCGGUUGGAGAAUCUCGCAACUAUGGUCUGACGGCUGAAGAACUUGCUGAACAGGAGUUGAAAGCUGCACAAGAAUCUUUAGCUUGUGAAGCAGAAAGAAAGGCUGAGCUGGAGAGAAAAGAGGCAGAGGAGGCAGCAGAAAAAGUUGCUCGCUGGGAAGAAUGGAACAGACGUCUUGAUGAAGUGAAGCGACAAGAGCGAGAAUUACUAGAAGCACAGUCUGUUCCAUUGAGAAACUAUCUCAUGAAGAAUGUUAUGCCAACUCUCAUGCAAGGGCUGAAUGAGUGCUGUAAAGUCAGACCAGAUGACCCUGUAGACUUUCUGGCAGAAUAUAUCUUCAGAAACAACCCUCAGACAGAAUGAACAUUAUGUUUUCAAAUGCAUAAUUGUCUCUUUUAAAAUAUAUUUUCUCAGUAUUUUGCCUAAAUAAAGUAAAAACAGAUGA